AUGGGGGCCAACGCAGAACUGGCUCCAUACUCAGCUUUCAAAGGCGUCCUCGAGAUGAAUUCGUAUGUUGACAUCGUUGUCCCCGACAUACAGACCAACGACGACGCAGAGGGCCUUGAGUUUGAGUUUCAGAGCUUCGUCAGGACCAUGAAUUUGGACCUUGAGAAGCUUAAGAAGAACCAGAACAACGACACUGCUGGAACAAGAAUCUCCCGUCCCGCACCCAUCGACGUUCUUAACGAAUAUGACUCAGACCCGCAAAACAAGCAUGUCACCACCGGACAAGCAGGCAACCGAGACGAGAUGGCGGUCGCUCCAAAGGCGCUCAUACUGGUACACGCUGUCCAGUUAUUGCUUUUUACUCCACAAGCAUGGGAUAGGGACCGACCCUAUACUAGGAUCGCCAGCGAUUACCCUCAUCGCUUCCCAACGCCAGUCGAAGUUGGCGGAGACACUGAAAAGCGUGUUGCAAACACAUUUUCAAUGGAAGACCUUCAUCGGGCCAUUCUUCUCUUCUACCAGCUGGUCAUCCGUCGUUUAGGCCGCGGUGCCUGGAUUGGGCGUCCCGCACCGACGAUGGAGUCCCAGUUCCCUGGGUACGUCAAACCCGAGCUCGCCCGCUUGGCCGAUGUCCCGGAUGUUCCUAUAUCAGGCACUGCAAGACUCCGACUAGCCGAGGCUGUCCAAAUGGAGGACGUCGCCAUUUCUCAAAGGGAGAUUCGCGCCCGCGCCCGGGAAUACGCCAGGCAAAUAGGGGAAAAGGAACGGGAGGAAGGACGCAUUCCGUUCCCCAGAGAAAAGUUGGUGGCUUACAGUUCCCAGGCUAUGUGGACCAUGAUCUCGUUCGCUUCGCCGUGUCCGCAGCCGCAAGCGAGAACGCGCACGGGAACUUAG